AAUCAAUGAAAUGCGACGCACUGCAGGUACGCUUCCCACCAGACGAUGAAACAUUCAAUUUUCCAUUGAAGUACAUGUACUUUGGUUCUGCUGAUUCACACUGUGAUAGUGCAUGGUAGUUUUUAGUGGACAAUAAUGUACAUGAGAAGAUGCCAGACUCCUAUGGACAGCAUCUUAGACAAACAUAUGUAACCAUUGUUAGACCUAAGAAACACAGACUUUGCAAUGACAAGGUUUCCGAUAAAAGCUCAGCGUGGGAUAUGGAUACGUCUCCACUCCCAGUGAAGGAAGGCUCGUAUGUUGCCGUGGCCACAGACAGGGUCUCGGAGUAUUCUGACACAAGCUCGACAAAGAAAAUGCCGAAAAAGAUGAUUCGAAAUUGGGAAGUGUUCCCAGGAAAAAAUAAGUUCUGUUGUGAUGGUCGGAUAAUGAUGGCAAGGAAUACUGGAAUAUUCUACUUCACGUGUAUCUUGAUCGUUGUUACAUGUGGCCUAUUUUUUGGAUUUGACUGCCCUUACUUGGCAAAAAAUGUAACCCCAGCUAUUCCAGCAUUUGGGAUUGCCCUAUUUAUUUUUGUCAUGUCAACCCUGUUCAGAACAAGUUUUAGUGAUCCUGGAGUGAUACCCAGGGCGUCUCCAGACGAGGCUGCAGACAUAGAGAGGCAGAUCGAGGUUCCCAACUCUACCCCAGGGACUUACCGCCCUCCUCCAAGAACUAAGGAAGUAGUUAUUAAGGGACAGGUCGUCAAAUUAAAGUACUGUUUUACUUGUAAGAUAUUCCGACCGCCACGGGCCUCCCAUUGCAGCCUCUGUGAUAAUUGUGUUGAGAGAUUUGACCACCACUGCCCCUGGGUGGGGAACUGCGUGGGAAGGAGGAAUUACCGAUACUUUUAUUUAUUCAUUCUCUCCCUAUCCAUUCUCUGUAUCUAUAUAUUUGCCUGUGUGCUUACUCAUCUCAUUUUACGGUCACAGGAAGACAAUUUCUUACAUGCAAUGCGAGACUCUCCAGCUAGCAUCAUUGAGGCUAUAAUCUGUUUCUUUUCGGUUUGGUCAAUCAUUGGGCUUGCAGGGUUCCAUACCUAUUUAGCCACUUCAGAACAAACUACAAAUGAAGAUAUAAAAGGUUCCUACUCUGCAAAGAGAGGGCAGGAGAAUUUCAAUCCCUUCAGUCAAGGAUCUAUAUUCAGAAACUGCCUGGGCGUUUUAUGUGGUCCCACGCCCCCAAGCCUGAUAGACAGUCGAGGCUAUGUCAUCCCAGACAGUUCACAGUCACAAGGGGUAAAUACAUCAACUGGCAAAGAGAGCAAUGCUGUCAAUGUUAAACAUGAGUACUAUGGAUCUACUAACAAUACUAAGACUAACAAUGUUGGGACAAAUACUGGUAGUCAUGUGACAGGAAGUAACGGCACUGGGCCAGUGAUGAAACAGAUGAUUAGUUACCAGACACCAGACGGUUCAAUCAACAGCAGACUCCCUCCCACAAAUGCUGGUAAAAACCCCCUGUGGAACACUACCAUGACACAGCUGACGUAUCAGAAUGGAAACAGUUCAGCUGUAGCGUACAAAGAUUCUCAGCAGCCACAUAAUGUUAUGUACACUGAAGAAUCAGAGGGGGGCCACUGGACCAGCACACGUCCCCACAGCAACCAAGGGAGUAAAACACAACAGCAAUCAUUUCACACAUGAUUACACUUUGACAAUUUAAUAUGUAGGAAAUCCAUUGAACCUUGAUUUACUGUGUAUACUAUAUCUGGGAAUGCUUCCAGUUUAUUUAUGCUAUGUGAUAAUUUAGUUUAAGAGUUUCAUAUAACUUCUGUUGUGUGUGUAGAGAGUGUGUAAUAGAAAUUAUGCAUUUGAUCAAAACGACAAGUUGACUGUGAAUGCACAUAAUAUAUAGUGUAUGUAGCCUUGAUUUGAGGUACUUUGUUCAAUCACUAAACUAUAACAUAUAUUCUAUAAUUUAUUUAUAAAAUUUUGUGAUUUGAAUUGCAGAACGAAUUUAUAACAAGUAUAUUAGAAAGUUGAAAAUCUUUUGUCUGCUUCUUUUGAAUAUACAAAUUAAAAAGUUGCAAGCAAAAAUAAGUAGGGUGUGAAGUGGAAUUAGGGGUAGUCAUCAUUGUAUUCAACUAUAAAAUAUCCAAAAAAAUUAUUUGAUACAGUUGAUUCCUUGUGUUGGGUGAGUACUUAAUGUUAAAUGUCAUUACAGAAAAUAGUAAAAGCAGGUGCUAUAUGCAGGACUUCAAUCUAUAUAUGAUGGCGAUAAAUGAAUAAAAGCAAGAAUUCGAAAGUAGCGAGAGAUAUUUCUCGCAAAUUAAUGUGAAUAAUGGUUACUCACAUAUGACAAGGAAUCUACAGUGGGGAUAAUUUUAUACUCUUAUUGACCAAUGCUAUGUGUAAAUCAAAACCAGCAAAUUAAAGGAGAAAACUGUAUACACUAUUUAGAUAUUGUCUGUGUAAUAUAUGCUAAUUGUAUUAAGUUGUUGUUACUUUGAGUAUGUUACAACUGCACAUGUAUAUAUUGAUGUCAGACAUCUCAUGACCCAGCUUAUGUAGUUCAUACAUGUAUCAAGACAAACCUUCUAUAUCUGAAGAAUAUCUAAUUGUAUACCCAGGAUUUUUGAGGUUAAGAAUUGAUUUAAACAGAUGAUUAGAUUUGGAUUGUUUAGAUGUUUUAGGUGUAUACUGGGAACGUUUUCACCUUGUGCUAAUUAUUACUCUCCUUUUAAAUUUACAAUUUAUCCAAUUUUAUUUUGCAUCAUUAGAAUUUUGUUGAAUUCAAUUUCAAAUUUUCAUUGUAAUGCAAAAGAGCACGGUUCACAUAUGACCAUAUUUGACCCUUUUAUGUUUUCAAAAAUUCAAAGAUGAUUAUUUUCUCUUCUGCAUAAAAAUGCUAUACGCUGAAUGUGUUUCUUUGACUAUAGUUUUCACAGUAGAUUGUACAUUAUGAUGUCAAGGAGUACCACUUCCUAGGCAUUUUGUCAAUUUUUCAUUCAAAAUAGCCAAAAUUUAAUAGAUCAAACCCUGCAAUUUAUUGAUAGUUUUUUUAUUAAAACUGUUAAUAAUGAUAAGUAAAAAUCGUUAAUAUUUUUGGAUUGUGGGCUGUACACACAUGAAAUUCAUAUGUUCUAAUGUAGCAGUUUUAUUGAAAAACAAAUUUACUACAUGCCUUAUUCUUCCAUAAAUGUACUCAGUUGAAGAAAUGAUUUAUUGUCAAUAAAGAAUUAUGUGUAGGCCAUUUAUAAACAGAGCCAUUUUAUUCCAAUUUCGAUAAUUAAAAAAAAGAAUUAUUCACUGUUUUAUUUCACAAUUUUGCGGGAUGUCUCAAAUUGAUGCAUUAAGAAUUGUAUUGGAUGUGAAUUCAGAAUUAAAUAGGAAGGAUAUAUGUAAAUAGCAAAUCAUGUUAAAGGGGAUAUGAAAUGAUGGAGGGUAGUUUACGCUUGAAGUUCAUAAACUACACCUCUACAUUUGAUAGCCCAACACUUUAUUAAUUCCCAUCUUUGAAUGUUUUUGAUAUAGAUUAUAUAUUUCUUCUAAAUGAAUACGGAAUUUGGCAACAGGCAUUGCUAAUGAAAGCCACCUCCAUUAUUUUUUAUAAUGUUUGUUUUUAAAUUCAGCUAAAGAAAACGAGGGACAGAAAGAGCAGAUUAAAGGGGGGGGGGGGGGGGGGGGGUCCCAGUAUACAGUUAUUUAUCCAGUGUGAAAGUAUUGCACAUUUAGAUUCUGUAACUUCAACAUUACUAAUCAAUUCUUUUUAAUGACAGAUUCUGGCAGGGACAAACAUUCCAGUAACUAACAUUCAAUGUUUCAUUGCAUCAUUUUUUCUUACCUCAUCAUAUCCUCAUAUUUUCCAUUAUGUCUGUCAGAAUAAUUAUGUUGUAAUUCAGAAUGAUUGUAAUUAUGUAAAGGAUAGAUUUUUGAGUAAAAGAUGUUUCUGAUAAUUGUGAAUAGGUCAAAAAUAAGAUACUUUCAAAUAAUGGUCAACAAAUGCAGCAGUAUUGAUUAAUUCUAAACAUGGCUGCAGUGUGAUGAAUCUGGAUGACUGGAGUUGUCUUCUCUUGGUUUUAAUAUGAUUAUGGAAACAUAAAAUUUUGAUUAUUCCAUAAAAUAUUCUGGAAUCACACUAUUAAAGAUUUGUGUUUUAGUGAGAGGGUAUUUAAAUUUGGGAUAUAAUAGUAUGAUAAGUUGCAUUAAUUACAGUGACAUUUUAAGUGAAGAUUUGAGUAUGGUCAGAUAUACAUGUUUUAUGAAGAUACACCAUUAUCAUACUCAUUGAUUCAGUCACCACCGAUGAUUUACUAAUCAGUCUGUCUGUCCCAUAAAGUGUAUCAGCUAGUAUAUAGGUGAUGGGGAUUCAACACAGUCAUUGAUAAAUGAGCAAUAGGCUAAUCCCUGUAAGACCACACAUACACCAUCAAGUUCUAUAUAGCUUUGCAGUUGUGUUCUAAUUUGUGAAGCUGACAUAGGAUAUUGUAUUGGUGUCAGAAUUAUCAAUUGAUGUAGAUUUCCAUGCGUAAUUAUAUAUGCUUAACCAUGACACAUGCAUGGAUUCAUAUCAUGGAAUGAAAUUACUGCAGAUUCCUGUAGGCGAGUUCUUAAUAUCGCAAACUGACUUGUAGAUUCACGAGAAUAUCAAUUCACCUAUAUUUACAUGUAUUUCAGCAAUUUAGAAAUAAGAGACAUUAUUUUUCGUGAGUGGUGCUUGUCGCUUAAUUACGCGAUAAUAAAUUCCUCGUGUAUAUUCAGGAAUCUACAGUUGACAGUGGUUCAGUCUCCACUUUUUGUUUAAAAAUUGUUUUCUAUCGAAAAUCUUAUUUUCUGUAUAUAUGAUUGUGUUUAUCAGACAUCAGAGGUUCUUUUUGUUUACAAUGUAUGAAGACUGUUUGUAAUUGAGGUUUAAAUGUGAUCAUCUUUAAGUUUUGUAUUCUAUAAUAUGGAAUAAAUUGGUUUUAUUAAA